UCCCAUUCACCGCAUGAUUCUUACAUGAAAACCGUGGACACUACUGUAGUCUCCCUAUCCUCCUCUCCUGACCACACACUGAGCUACAAGAUCAGUGGCUGCGCCGUUAAAGACGCCAACUUCUUCACUGAAGAAGAUCCCAAAUGGAUAUUCGGCUUCGAUUCGCUGCCGUUUCGUCAGGGUCCCUUUGGUAUAGCCCCAGAACGAGAAUCCAAAAGGACCUUAAGCCCAGCUGUUCAAGAAGAGACUCUCCCCAGCAAAACGGCGACAAUGGCGGCGAUAGGGGUGAUAAGCUCUCAACAGAUUGGGACAAGGCGUGGUCAAGCUUCAAGAAGAGAGGGAAAAAGAACAUCUUCUCGCAGUUUUCCGACAAGUAUGUGACCUGGAAUCCUAGGCGAUCUAACUAUCCACUGUCUGAGGAAAUUGAUCCCAUUAAGAGAACAGAGAAGUCAAACCUUAUGCUAUGGACUAGCCCAACAUUCACUCUAGUAGUGGCGAUUCUCAUAGUUACAUUUCUUCUGGUCUAUACCAUUAUUUUUCCACUGAAAUGAAAUGUCUGAUACGAUAUUUCUGUAGAUACAAAUAAAUCCCUGUUGUAAAGAUCUGUCGUUUGAGAGAACGGUUAUAUGGUAGAGAAUUUGUUGAAAAAUAACCUUAAUUUGUCUUCAAUUUCGAUGUAACUGUUACUAGUGGCCAUUGCUUUUCACUUUACUAAGUGUUUGCUCAGUUCAUUUCAUAAAGGUUGGAAAGCUGCUUUUUUUAUACGUGUUAUUUAUAAACACUUGAUAUGUAUAUUCAAUAACGUGACUGGAUGUUAAAGGAGAGAACAAAUCCAGUUAUUUCCCA